GGCCGAGGCGGCUGCGGGACCCGGAGCCCGGAGCCCGCAGGAGGCGACGGCGCGCAGACGCAGCAGCGGCAGCAUGUCGGCCGGUGGGGCGUCCGUGCCGCCGCCGAACCCCGCCGUGUCCUUCCCGUCGCCCCGGGUCACCCUGCCCGCCGGCCCCGACAUCUUGCGGACCUAUUCGGGCGCCUUCGUCUGCCUGGAGAUCGUACUAGGAGGCCUCGUCUGGAUUCUGGUUGCCGCCUCCAAUGUCCCUCUCCCUCUGCUACAAGGAUGGGUCAUGUUCGUGUCCGUGACCGCUUUCUUCUUCUCCCUCCUCUUCCUGGGCCUCUUCCUCUCUGGCAUGGUGAUUCAAAUUAAUGCCAACUGGAACUUCCUGGAUUUUGCCUACCACUUUGUGGUGUUUGUCUUCUACUUCGGAGCCUUUCUCCUGGAAGCAGCAGCCACCUCCCUACAUAACCUGCAGUGCAACAUCACCCUGUCGGAGCGGCCGCUCCUGAGUGACAACCAGUACCGCAUAAACGUAGCGGCCACCGUUUUUGCCUUUAUGACGACAGCUUGCUAUGGUUGCAGCUUGGGUCUGGCCUUACGGAGAUGGCGGCCGUAACACUCCCGGGACUGACGAGGCUGUGUUAGUUCCCUUUGUCUCCUCUCUGUGUCCGAUCACCCUGGAUAGCACUUUGUCUGAAUGUAACAACAUUCCCAAAGAAAUCUGUUUAGUAUGGAGAGAAAAAUCCAAGUGCCAGUUUUUGUUUAUUUCAUGAGUGGAAUUUUAAUUUUAUUAUGAUGUUAAAUAGAGAAGUAUCCUUUCAUUGUUUUAUCUAUUUUUUUUUUGAGAAAAUCUUUCAUUAAGUCCAUAAAAUACACAGAUACUGUUCAUGUAAAAGUACUGUUCCUUUAUGUGGUCACAAAGUCACCUGACCCUUAGUAGGAAAUUAGAAUUCCCUGAAAGCUGCACGUUUCAUGGAAUUCCAGCCUUUGUUGUAAAACAGGAAUUGGGGCACUUUUUCUGCUAGAGUGCCAGGUGGUGCGUAUCUGGGCUUCGGGGCUCACACCAUCUCGGCCCCAGCUCUUCAGUGCUGCUGCUGCUGCAACACAAACGCAGCUAUGAAUGACACCUAAAUAAACAGAUACAUCAGUGUUCUAAGAAAGCUUUAUUUACAAACACGAGGCAGGCUGGAUUUGGCCCGCAGGUUAGGGUGUGUUAGCCUCCACUGUAAAACCUUAGUUACGUGCUCCAUAUUUUAUUGAAUGACCUUGAAAGUUUGUGAGCCCAAUUAGACAAGGCACAAGUUUAGUCUCAUGCACUAAUCACAGUGCCUUUUGCUAAGGGUCAAAUAUCCUUGGGAGGGCAUAUAAUUACUCAAGCUAAUUCCGGCAGUCUUGGGUACAGGCAAAACUAGUUUACGAAGUGAACCCACGUUGUCUGAUCAAACUAAUGAUCUCCUAACAGCUGAGCAGCGCUGUCCUCUGAGAGUUCUUGAAGCAGAAUCUCCCUUGACCAUUUAUCACUACUGGAGCUGCUGUCCCGCCACUUACGUCUUAGUUUGGUUUAUUUAUGCUUAGAAAACAGUUGUUUGCCCUGUGCAUGAAUAUAUACAUAUUUAUGUAUGUGACGUUUUUCCAAAUAGAGCUCUCUGGAGAGUUAACUUUUUAGUUCUGAUUAUUUGACAUUAUCUUCUGAGUUAAAUUCAAAUCGACUAUGGAAUAUAACAUAAAGCUGUAGAUUCUUACAUGUUUUGAUAUGCUAAACACCCAGAUAUCGCUCUUGUUUUUUGUGUUGGGGAUAGACUAAUCGGUUUUUAAACAAUAGCAUAAAAACAGUCUCUGGAUAAGGGGGAAUGAUUUUUGCCCAUCGGUAGAGACUCUGGUCUAGAAAGGCUCAAAAGGCAGACUUCGUGUUAGAUCAUAGCUGUGACCCUAACUCUCCACGCGAGGUCCUCACCUGUCCCCACAAAGGGGCCACCUCGGAAGAGAGGGCUGCUGAGCGGUGUUCUUCUGGCCCUCUGCCUUCAGGCUGUUCAGCCUCCUGAGUGUGCCGUGCAGAGGGGCUGUUGGACUUCGUGGGACAGAGAACGAGCACAAAUGGCAGUAUGGCCAGUGCCCACCGAUCUUAUGCCGUUUGCCUCAUAUUGCCCUCGAAUGAAGAAUCUGGGUUUGUGAUAGAACUAACUAUAAAGACCAGAGACAUGUUUUCAUCUGUGGUGUGAGGAAACCAGUCUUACGACUUUAUAAUCAUGUCAUAUCUUUUCUAUAAAGCUGACUUCCUUGAUUUUUCUAGUUCCAUACUGCAUACCUAAGCCUGUAUUAAUAAUUAUAUAUUACAAAGUCAUAAAUGUGCCAUAAAGAUAUGUUGUGCAUUCUACUUGGAAUCAUUUAAAGGUAGGCUGCUAGAACUUAGUUGUGAGAUUUUUUUUUCCUAAGAUGUUAUAGGCCAUGCUUGGUGGCAUUAAAUUAAAUGAUUUUAUUAAAAUGUACUGGUGGAGGGCCGGGGAUUUAGCUCAGUGGUUCCGGCACCUGCCUCGCAAGAUCAAGGUCCUGAGUUCGAUCCCCAGUACCAAAAAAAAAAAAUGUAUUUGGUGGCACUUUUGUAAAUGGGCUACUUUUAGAUUAAGAACCAAACCUAAAACUCUCCUAACUGUGAAUACUUAGUUUAUCGAUAAAUUGCAUUCUAGAUUUGUGAGUAACAAAGCACUUGAACAAAAUUAUGGUAUUUAAGAAUUUAUUUACAUUUCUUCACUGUAAAAAUGAAAAAGUAUUGGUUGGUCUUAAAAUCUGGUACCUUCAUGAUGAAAAGAAAUUUAUUUUAUAAGUGUUAUGACUCUAAUAAAGUAUUCAUUUGAUAAUC